UCGUGCAGACAAAAGGAAAAUUUUGCAGAGAACAGGGCAGCUCCCAUCAUUAAAAAGUGUUUUUUCUCGUAAUUUGUCUCACCUAGUUCCUGUAAAUAGGUGUGAAUCAUCCCGCUUUCGGGAGAAAUUGUAGUGAUUCAUCAAAGUGAAUUCAGGUUCCAUGGAUAACAUCAAUUCCCAGUUGGCACAUCUUUCGCUGAGGUCAGCAAAUGACCCUCAGAAACAGCAACAGGCUCAAGGACAGAACAACACGGGCGGCCCCCUUCCAGAUAGUGGCCCGAAUGGAAUAAUCGUACCCGGGAUGGUCAUGAUGGGUAAGAAAGGACCAGCAGUUCCACCGAAACCGUCGAAAAAACCGGCUCCGUCCACUGUUCCGCCGCAAGUGCCGAAAAGUUCCCACGUUAAGCAGUAUUGCGAACCAUCGUACUCCACCUUGCUCCAAGGACAAGCGGGACACGGAGGUCUAGAGGAGCAUCCGUACACGAACACAAAUUUCGGAACAGGUGGCGGGAUUGGAAAGAUGGGGGUGAGAAAAAUAACUCUUGACAAUGCAGUAGAGCUCCAGCAGCAGAAGGAAGCAUUGGAGCACCACAAGAGGAUGAUGAAUGUUAAACCACAGAGAGGGCAAGCAGAUGGAGCGGUGUACGAAAAUACUGCCACACGAUUCUACGAGGGGGAUGUUACCUACGCCAACGUUCCCGGUGGAAAUAAAAAUGGCGAGGGGUUGAUUUACAGUAACAUCGUUCACAAUAAUGGCCACAAGCCGUUCACUCAAAGACAGAUUUCAGAUGAGCUUCCUCCUCCACCAGUUCAGGAAAUGCAAGCUCCAUUGUCGCUCAAUGAACUAACAUUGGAGGAUAAUGAUGACGAAUUCCCUCCACCACCAAGUCCAGUAAGUUCAUCGUAUAGUGAGCUAAGAAGAGCGACCGAUCUUCCACCGAUGGGACGUCAACCGCAACCUACGUACAAUAUGGUUGGCCCAGGUGUCGGUGGUCAAACAUACAGUAACAUAUCUCAAAAUAAUCAGAUUUAUGCCAACAACAUGCAUCAUCAAUCGCUGUACGGUACUUAUGGAAUGGGUUCACAAGGAUCAACAACUUAUGAAUCGAUCUAUGAACCCAUCAACCCUCGUCCCACCAGUCAAAUGUCCGGUAGAUCUAAUUAUUCUUUGUACACACCCUAUGUGAACUCCCGUGGCAUUAACAGUCCCAACGACAGCCUAAUUACUAGCGCAUCAAAUCAACAUCAUCGAAGUCACCCACCGAAGGAAUCCGAAGUGGACACACUCACCGAUUUGCUCGUACAAUCGAUGGAUAACGUAUCUGAUCCGGAUACAUACGGUACGUGUGUCAAAUGUGGCGAUCGUGUCGUAGGCGAGAACAACGGUUGCACGGCGAUGGAUCAAAUUUACCACAUAGCUUGCUUUACUUGCCAACAAUGCCAGAUUAACCUUCAGGGAAAGCCGUUUUACGCAUUGGAUGGUAAUCCGUACUGUGAGGAAGAUUACCUAAACACGUUGGAGAAGUGUUCGGUUUGCUUGAAACCCAUUCUGGAGCGUAUUCUCCGAGCCACCGGAAAGCCGUAUCACCCUCAAUGCUUUACUUGCAUCGUUUGUGGCAAGUCGUUGGAUGGAAUUCCGUUUACCGUUGAUGCGACCAAUCAGAUUCACUGCAUCGAAGAUUUCCACAAAAAGUUUGCCCCCAGAUGUUGCGUUUGUAACAAUCCGAUCAUGCCGGAACCAGGUCAGGACGAGACCAUUCGCGUGGUGGCACUGGAUCGCAGCUUCCACAUCAAUUGCUACAAAUGCGAGGACUGCGGAUUGUUGCUCUCGUCCGAAGCGGAAGGACGCGGCUGUUACCCACUGGAUGACCACAUAUACUGCAAGAGCUGUAACGCCAAGAGAGUUCAGGCCUUGACCAGCCACAUGACGACCGAGUUGUAAGGCGGUAUGCGGCGGCGACCAUGUUUGAUAGGUGUCAUCACUGUCGGUUCUAGAUGCUAGAGAGGCAGCUUAAUCCACUAAUAGCGAUUUCACGUCCGAAAGUGAAUUAGUCAGAUUUUUUCCGAUAAAUAUUGAGAUAAGAUUUAACGUGUUAGCUUAGGGAAAACUUAUAAGAGACGAUACUGUACGUUGUUAUCAUUCCGGCUGUUGAUAUAGUUGUAGAUUGAUUGUGGUGGUAGAAAACUGCUCAACCAUUUUUAUUCUGUCUAGUGGCAUUGUGGCACAGUUUAUUCUAUCUGGGUACAUCUAUAAUCGUAACUUUUAAAACAUUCAGAUGCAUUUAAUAAUAUAGUUCGACAUUCCCUUCUAAUCGUGUUGAUAUGCAAACAAACAUAACAUUCCAUCUUAUGUGAAUACUAUGUCUACGAAAACGAAACGAUGUAACAAAAAGUACAUUAUCGAUACAAUGAACAUUGCCAAUACAAGAUUGAGGAUCCAUUUUAAAGUUGUUUUGAAAUGAGAUAUAGGUAUCUAAUAGCUAUUGCAUUUCUACCGAUAGAAGAUUCGAAAAGCCGUUCUUUUUACAAAUCGAAACACGUGGAAAAAUAAUUGUUUAUCAUGUUGUAAAGCUUACAAAAUAGAGACAUGUAAAACUAUGAAUAUGUAAACGCAGAAAUUAUGAUAACCAAUAAAAAAUGUAGAUAA